AUUGAAAAGAAGGGAUGUCCGAUUUAUCGUUUACUUGUACUACUUGCUCGUUUUAUCGAAAUUGGUUUGCUAAAAUCGAGCCAGACAUUUUUUUAAACAAAAUGGAUUGAAUCUUCAAAAAUCUUGAAGAGUUUGAGUUGUAGCUAUUUUUUUUCGCUAAUUGGGGAUGUGAAUGUCUAAGUGAGGUUUGAAUCUCAGCUAACAUGAUUUGAGUUUGUAAAAUGUAUUUCAAAAUUACGUCUACGUAGAUUAUUUACGUAGUUUACGUGAUAUUUUAAUUAUAGUACGCGAACCUAUGGUAAAUUUUUAGUGUUUUUAAUAAUUUGAUAAAUUAAUCCAAAAGUGACCUAUGAAAAACACGAGUGUAUACUCUAUAUAAGUCGUUAACAAUGACAUAGAAAUGAACAUCUUUUCGAACAGGUGCAUCGCUGUCAGUCGCUGUUAAGAUAUUGUAAAUAUCAUUGUUAUUUUGUUGUAAAUAUAAUAAGUUCACACAUGUUAGUUUAAACGAUGAAGACUAAACUUUGGUUAUGUCAACGCUUACUGAGAUUAACAGUCUAUACUCCAUCGACGAGGACACUUGCGUGUCUAAUAUAGUUGAGCGAAUUGACUCGACAGUGACUUAUAAUGAUUUCUUUUCUAAAUAUUUAAUACGUAAUAAACCAUGUAUUAUCAAUUUGCAAGCAACUGAGAAUUGGCCAUGUAGGCGUGAAUGGGUACUAGAUGGUGCACCAAAUUUUGAAGUGCUUCGCACAUUAUUUGGACAUUCCACUGUCCCAGUUAGUGAUUGUAACAGAAAGUUUUACAACUCGCAAUUGAAGGAUGAUAUGUGCAUGGAAACUUAUUUGGAAUAUUGGAUCAAAUAUAAACAAAACAGUUAUGCUAAAGCAAUGCCAUUAUUGUAUCUCAAAGAUUGGCAUUGUGUAAAAAGCUUUCCCAAUAUCCCAAUUUAUGAAGUGCCUCAGUAUUUUGUAUCUGACUGGUUGAAUGAAUAUUAUAUUGCUCAUCCUGAAUUAAAUGAUGAUUACAUGUUUGUAUAUAUGGGGCCAAAAAAGACAUGGACUCCGUUACAUGCAGAUGUUUUUACAUCGUAUAGCUGGUCUGCAAAUAUAGUUGGAAGGAAAAAAUGGCUACUGUUUCCUCCGCAUGAGGAAGACCAUCUUCGUGAUUUAUAUGGGCAAUUAGCGUACGAUGCAAUUUCAGAGGAACUAAAUGAUCAUACAAAAUAUAAAAUGUACGAUAGUGAAAAGUUAAAAUAUUUUGAAGUAACUCAAGAAGCAGGAGAAAUUAUAUUUGUGCCAUCUGGAUGGUAUCAUCAAGUUUGGAAUUUGGAGGAUACAAUUUCUAUUAAUCAUAAUUGGAUUAAUGGCUGUAAUAUCACCAAUGUAUGGUAUGCAUUAAAAAAAGAAUUAAGAUCUGUCAUGAAAGAAGUUGAUGAUUGCAAAGACAUGAAAAACUGGAAUGAACAUUGUCAGUUGAUGCUAAAAGCCACUUAUGGCAUGAACUAUAAACAGUUUCUAGAAUUUAUAUCAUUUAUUGCUAAGAAUCGUUUACAUGCUAUGAUAGAAAAGACUCAAGUUAUAAGUUUUAAUAAGUAUUGUUUUGGACGUAAUCACUGUUUGUUUGAUUUACGAGCAUUGAAAAACGUAUUGAAAGACAUUAUCAAAGAUGCGCAAGAUCUCUCUAUAUACAAUUUAAUGUGCGAAAACGAUGAAGCCCAUGUAUUAUUGAAAGACAUUACUUCAUUUCUUGACUCAUUCUGUAACAAUGAAAAAUGUAAUUUCUCUAUGAAUAAUGUGAAAUAAAAUUCAGUUGUUAACAAAUUGUUA